CCACUGUAUAUAUUUUGUAAGCUCUUCACUGUUUUACAUUUCCUUCCUUUCUGUUUUGCUUUCACGUUCAACGUCAUCGAUUUGGGGUCUAGGGUUCCUGGUUUCUUCUCCCUCCCUUUUACUAAAUUCAAUGCAACCAAACUCAAUAAUACUUCAAAUCUCCUCUUCCACUACUCGUUAGUCACUGGAGCUGAGGGUAAUUUGGGAAGUCCAGUGAAGGUUGGAGGUUUGGUUGGUGUUGAUCGGAAAGCAAGUGAAGACGGUGGGCAAAUGCCGGAGGAGGACUUGGUAGAGCUCAAAUUUCGGUUGUACGAUGGAUCAGAUAUUGGUCCUUUUCGCUACUCACCUGCUUCCACCAUAGCUAUGCUUAAAGAGAGAAUUGUCGCCGAGUGGCCCAAAGAUAAAAAAAUUGCACCCAAGGCGGCAAAUGAUGUAAAAUUGAUAUGUGCUGGCAAAAUCUUGGAAAACAGCAGGAGUGUUGGUCAAUGCCAGACGCCUUUUGGCGAGCUACCAAAUGGUGUAAUUACCAUGCAUGCUGUUGUACAACCAUCUAUAGUUAAAGCAAAAUCAGAAAGGGAACUAGAAGCUUUUCUCUCUUCCGUUGAAUGUGUUGAACCUUAAGCAACAGUGUUGAAUGUGGGAGUCUUAUUUCUAACAUAGAAUGCAUCUGUCUAACAUAGUUAUGCUGGAGAUGUCUAGUGGCUUUGCCAAGAUUUUCAGAAGAUUGACAUCAUCUCUCUAAGGCAAGAGUGUAAGAUAUUCAGAUAUAGUUCAGUUGGAGUCUUUCACAUGUGGUGUGGAGAAAUGGCUAUUUUAUGAGAAGAAAGGAGGAGGUUGCGAAGAUUUGACAUUUCUCUGAUCCCAUCUUAAUAUUUCUUCUAUUUUGAACAGAAAAAUGCUUGUCAAUUCGAUUCAAUUUACUAUAUGUCCGCUGAAAUUUGCAACCAUCCUUCUAUAACACGGUGGAUGUUUGCAUUUUGUUGGCUGGCAGUAAAGAUGGAGAACGAGAAUAAUUUUUAUUCCUCUUCUACGAAUUGGACUCAUUAAUAAACUUUUGUAAGAGAAAAUAUAGCCAAGUGUGGAAAAUAUUUGGGGAGUUGAGGUUGAAAUGAAUGACAUAGAGAUAGGGAAAUGUCACUUGAAGUAUCUCCCAAUAACAUAAAUUGAGGAAGUUACAAAAAUUGAGCAUUGUUUAACCAAUUAAAUAGUAAAAUUACCAUUUUUAGGGUAAAAUUGUAAGCGAAUGAACAUCGAAAGCCAAUAUAUUUCUUAACUUGUUCCCACUUUGUAUAUCAGCAUAGAUGAAAACUUGCUAUGGGGCAUUGAAGAAUGAAACAAUGCAUAAUUCUUAGUGUUACUCUUUAGUAUUUUACCACCAUCUUGUGUUGACAACAGUAACUUGGGAUGUUAACAUAUCCAGGGUUUGUUUUUUUUUUUUUUGAGAUGAUAACAGUUCAUAUCCAGCGCUUUUAUGUGAGUGAAUUAGCUUUAUCAUGGAUCAAUAUAUGCUGGGGUAUCAUGUGAGUGAAAUUAGCUUUAUAAAAAAUCAGCUUGAAUGUGCUCUAGGUGGGAUGGGCAACUCAACACAUGUUGCUCAACGCAUGAGCUUAUAAUUACACCAGCUUUUUACGCGUAUUCAUUAUGUCACUUUAAAUGUAUUCCAUGAUAACUCAACACUUGUUUCAUGGUGUAAAAUUGUCUUUAUGAUUUUUUCCUUUUUUUCCCUCUACUCUCUAUUAUAUCCUAUCAAUAUCUUUUUUUUUACCUCCGCCGGGUAAAUUAUAUUUGUGAUGGUAUUAUGUUAAUUGGAACUAGAGAAGGGACUAGAGAAGGUGAAUCCCAAAAGCUUGAACUACGAGAAGCACUCUAGAGAGUUUUAGAUAAGUAGGAGUAAGACUGAAUUGCCAGCAUAAAAAAGAGGUAAGGUGAGGUGAGAUUAGACAGGAUUAUUGUGCGUAAAUGCAAUAAUUUAGAUCUCGGCUCUAGGAGAAUGGAACAAUUGAUGAAGAUAUCACACGCAGAAUUAAAAUAGGAUGGUUGAUAUGGAGAACUGCUAUUAUUACACUGUUAAUACAUAUGGAAGAUUUGGUGUAUGUUCCCAAAUCUAUUUGGGAUUUUGUUGGUGAUGCCGGAAACAUAAGAGAUACGCUUAACAACUGGCAGGGCCAAAGAAUUACCAAGAGCAAAAAGAAGAUAUGGAGAGCUAUUUCUUUAUGUGUAUCUUGGACAGUUUGGAUUGCGUGAAACCAUAAAUAUUUUGUGGAUAAAAAUCUAUCCUUACCGUUCGUGAAGUUUAGAUGCCUAUAGAACAUGUAUUGGUGGAGCAAUGUAAAUUCUCUAGAGGAUCCUAGCUUGAUAGUAGAACUCAUAGACUUCCUCCAAGUCUAAAAGGGAGAAACUACCUCAUGUUUUGAACUACUUAAGUACCUGCUUGCUGCUAUCUUUUGCUAUUAAGUUUAUAUUUACUGAUCAGAAAAGAAAUGAAGAAAUACUACCAGAGUAUGAUAUGAUAGAGAGGAUACAAUUUGAUAGGCAAGUUCUAUAAAACGGCUAUAAGACCAAUAAUGUUAUGUGAGAGUGAGUGUCGGGCCUCUAUGGUUAAACAUACCCAAAAAUGAGUGUUUCAAAUAUGCGAAUGCUAAGAUGGUUUUAAGGUCAUACAAGAAUAUAAUUGGUCACAUUUGACCAAAGGUACAAGUGGCAUACUUAGAGGAUAAAAAGAGAGAAGGUCACUUUAGUUGGUUUAGUAAUGUCCUAUGUCAACCUGCAAUAUCUCGGAAUCCAUAAAACUUGCCAAAAUGUGACACAAUGGAAGAAAAAGAUUCAUGUAGGCGGAACCAAUGAAUUGUGAUUAAGUUUAGUUUGCUAGGAGUUUUUUUACUUUCAUUGGAGAUUUGUAUACUAGUAGAAAACGUAGAGUACUACUUUUGAGAAUGGUUACAAGUAUUUAUUAUAUAUAAACAGCACAAAGCUUCUGCUGAAAUCCAAAUGUAGAGGAGAGCAAGAAUUAUAUCCUUGUUCUUCUUACAAGGAUUCAGUGCAUCUAUCAGUGUGUCCACAUCUUCUACCAGUUCUUCCUUACACCAAAAAUGAAAUAGGAAAAAACUUGUGCAGAUCAAAAUCUUCAAAUAUUGGAUUGAUGCGUGUCUAAGUGGAAUGACGUGGUUAACGAGGAUCUAUAUAACCAACUCUAGCUAGCUUGGGAUUGAGACAUAGCUGUUGUUUGUUAUUUUUUUGGUCUUUUUCACCUCGUCUAUUUUGGUUUCUUUGCAUUGUUAUUCUUUUAACUUCUUCACCGUCAAGUACUGCUAGUUUUUGUCGAAUAAUCUGAAGAUCCAACUUUGAGGGGUUUUGCUAGUCUACAAUUGAUGCGCAUAAUUUCUGAUAUUGCUAUAAUCCGAAUAAUCUUCCUCUUUAUAGUGUGACCUGAGAUAACUGCUGACUCUCAACUUGUAGAGCAUAUAAUGAAUGUGGACUUACUAAGUUCUAAGGAGUCCCGUUGCCACUUCUUGUUUAGUUGCAAACUUUCAUAUUUUUAUAGAGGCAUGUAUAAUUGUUCACCGUCUAUGUGCGUAUCUUGAACCUUAAGAGAGAGCUCUGUAUUUGAAGAUCUGAGGUGGUCCUGCUACACCCUAUCCCCUACUCUAGCCCCCGGUUGCCAAUUCUCAGUCCAGGGUUAUGUCGUUAAACUUAAACCAUUGAUGUUUUAUUCUUAACCUUUAUUGCUGCUGAGACUUGUCUUUCU